CUCCCCCUACAGGAGCGAGGGCGACAGAGGAGCACGGAGGAAGUGGAGAGGACGGUGCGUGCUCAAUGUUGUUUGGCUUUAACCUGCUGUGGAAGCUCUUCAAGGCUGGGCUGCUGGCCACCAAUGCCGUCACAAUUCUCCACAAGCAGCGCUUCUUGAGAAAAUAUCGGCUCGACGAGGUGGACCACUCGCCGUCGGCCUCGGCGAUGAAGAACCAGGUGGUGGGCUUGAUCGCGGCGGUGGCGUAUCUCCGCGGCCCGCUGAUCGUCCUCAACUCACUCACCUGCGUCAUCGCGAUGCUCCCAUGACAUACAUCGCCGUCGCAAGCCGGAAAUGGGUUCCGUAGUGUAUUGUCGACAUUGCAUACGUCGGUCGCUCAUGGUGGCAAGUACCAUACAUUUGAGGUGCUUUACAUCAGCAUGUUCGCGGGGGGGGGGCGUGUGGUGUAGACUUGCUUGACUAGCGUGCGAUAGAAAUACGCGACGGUUCAGUAUCGUCGGCGUGAUGCGAGUGGCGCGUCUUGUUGUUGUAGGCUUUCGCCAAGUUUUUGGAAUAAAUGUAAACAGUUUUGUGUUUACGGUGCGACGACCGUUAGCGCCUUUUCCUGUGCCCCGGGGCCAG